ACAGGUAAGAAACCACACACAUAUACUGAGUGCGGCAAAUGUUUCACACAAAUGGAUCAUCUGAAAACUCAUAAAAAGAUUCACAAAGGAGGAAAGCCUUUCACAUGUACAGAGUGUGGAAAAAGUUUUCCACAAAAGAGUAAUCUGAAAAAGCAUGAAAGGAGUCACACAGGGGAAAAACCGUUCACAUGUACAGAGUGUGGAAAAAGUUUUACACAAAUGGUUAAUCUGAAAACUCAUGAAAGGAGUCACACAGAGGAAAAGCCUUUCACAUGUACAGAGUGUGGAAAACGUUUUAUACAAAAGAGUGAUCUGAAAAAGCAUGAAAGGAUUCACACAGGGGAAAAGCCAUUCACAUGUACAGAGUGUGGAAAAAGUUUUACACAAAUGGAUAAUCUGAAAACUCAUGAAAGGACUCAUACAGGGGAAAAGCCAUUCACAUGUGCAGAGUGUGGAAAAAGUUUUACACUAAUGGAUAAUCUGAAAACUCAUGAAAGGAUUCACACAGGAGAAAAGCCGUUCACAUGUACAGAGUGUGGAAAAAGUUUUAUACGAAAGAGUGAUCUGAAAAAACAUGAAAGGAUUCACACAGGGGAAAAGCCGUUUACAUGUACAGAGUGUGGAAAAAGUUUUACACUAAUGGAUAAUCUGAAAACUCAUAAAAAGAUUCACACAGGGGAAAAGCCUUUCACAUGUACAGAGUGUGGAAAAAGUUUUACACGAAUGGAUUAUCUGAAAACUCAUGAAAGGAUUCACACAGGAGAAAAGCCUUUCACAUGUACAGAUUGUGGAAAAAGUUUUACACGAAUGGAUCAUCUGAAAACUCAUGAAAGGAGUCACACAGGGGAAAAGCCUUUCACAUGUACAGAGUGUGGAAAACGUUUUACACGAAUGAGUCAUCUGAAAACUCAUGAAAAGAUUCACACAAGAAAAGAUUCAGACAAGAGCCUUUCACAUUUCAGUAACAAGACACACUACCUGAGUAUGGGCCCUAUACCCAAGCAGCGCACUGGCAACAAUGCAUAA